AUGGCGUCAAACAGUACAAUAUCCGGCAGCAAUUUUGUGGAUGACAACAAAGUGUCGCUUAUAGAUGCCGUCAGUGCAGUAGAUAGUGCCAGCAGCAGUGGAGGUGGAGGAUUAAGUGGUGGAGCAAUUGCUGGUAUUGUUAUAGCAGUUGUGGUUGGAGUACUUCUACUGGGUGUCCUUGGUUUCUUUGCAUUCAAAUAUGUGAAGGAUCGUCGAAAAAAUCACGGUGAAUACCGGCCACAAUUCGAAGAACAGCACCAUGCCAAAGACCUACCAUAUCUACAACCACCAAAUCUGGAAGGACUCAUUUGA